AUGGCUUUUUCAGUGAAUGGGAAUGCACGCGCGAGGACGACUUCCUCAAGAGCUUCGGACUCUUCCCGCAACGAUGAUGCAGGCCUGGGAGACUAUUGCGAAUACCACGCCAAUGUCGACCCAAAGCCAAAGGACCCCAUCGAUCCCGAGAAGCGUGACAGAUCCGCGUCUUCAAGCGAUAGGAAGGAGAAGACAGUCAAUUCGGGAACAGAAUACGCUCGGCCUCGUACGGGACCUGGAAAUAUACAUUCCGGGCAUUCUUCUAUUGAUUUAACAAACGACUCGAUGAGAAAUGCAUCCAUCAGCAGCACCAAUUCUCGUACAAGCUCAGGCAAUCCCAACCCUAGCAAUUUGUCUAAGAACCAUAACAACAAGGCUUCUACCGAUAGCAUUGACUUUUUGGCGCCGAUCAAUUUCGACGACUUUCACAACAGUAUCCUCGACGAACCGAGCUUGAAUAAUUUUCCUUUGCCAGGCCAUGGAGGUGCUGGAUACGAUAAUAGGAAGAUAUUACCAAGACCGAACCAGUGGGCAACGCCGGAAACUAGCACGACGAGAACGACGAGGUCCAACUCUUUUCGGCGCCAAAGUGAUGUUACUCGCUUUCCCUCUCAAACAUCAUCAAUAAAUACAUCAAUGCUACCCCCUCCGGCACCUUCCUCGAGGGCUCGUCGUCAAAGCCAUGUUCCGCCACCAUCGUCUGCAUCUAUCUCAACUCGGGCCCCAAGGAAAUCUGUCGGACCCGGAACCCUCACAUUGAAUACCUCCGGGACUUCUAUGAUAAAGAGACGGCCUAGUUUGUCAAUGCGCAAGCCCAGCGUAGACAGCACCAACCCCGAGUUGCGCUAUCGUCUCCGGAAAGCCAGCAAUAAUGACCUUGAAAUCGCCGACGAUGUCAAGUCUGUUACUGCUUCUAGAUCUCUCAAGGCAAAAUCUCUACAACCACCGCCGAGAGACUAUCUUGCGCAAGAUAAUUUUUUGAUGCCAACGGCUGGUGACAGAUCCUCUUCAACAAACGGCCUCCUAACUCCCAUGAAAAGCGCUGCAGGCGACGCAAAUACGCCUUCAUCCGCCAGUAAACGAAUGUCAACCAUGCCUCAUGCCACUGGUCUAGGCGCACGUACAAUUAGUCCCACGGAUGCGCGAAGGAUGAAGCGCAUGUCAAUGAUGCCCCCAGCUCCGCCUGUGCCCAUCACACCUCCCACUUCUCAGACUUUGCCAACCGAGACACUGACCUUACGACCGCGAUCCUCGCAGUCGCCCUCCAUGAUCCCGAGAAAGAGCGUGACGCCUUCGUCAUCUCGAACGACUCCAGAUCCAAGUCGCAAGUCGUAUAGCUCAGGUAUAUCACUGUCAUCCAAUACAAGCUACAAUUCUGCUCGCAAUUCCAGUGGCUCCCUGCAACCACGGUUGUCUCAAACGUUUUCCUCUUCGCGGCUUCCUACGCCGAAACCACGCAUGGAAUCAUUGAACAACGGAAAUGAGGAAGAAGUACCCCCAGUGCCGGCUAUUCCCAAAGCAUAUGAAUCGCCAAAGACAGAAUCUGAGCUCAUGUUUCCGACAAAUCUUCGCAAAACUAGUCUGCCACUAGACAUUGACUCGACACGUGGCUCAGUGUCUAGUCGACUAUCUGCAACUGCCCAAGAAAACUUUGCUCCUCCUGUGCCCUGGACAAUGGGGUCUAAGACCCCUGACAUGAAAGGAAAGCAAGCAGCUUUGGGACGAAAAAGCUUGCAGCCCCUGAAACUUCCACCAUUGAAUCUGUUGCCACUCAGCACGCCCAUGGCUGCAAAGAUUGACGCUUUGAAAGAUUCUUCUGCCGCCCUCAACCAGCCACAUCCGUCUACACCGCCGCCUCGUACAAAUGUUCCCAAGACACCGAGCACCCCGAUGACAGCUUCUAAAGCUUCUUUCUUCACGAACGACGAAGAUGAGGGGGACAGAGUGCAGCUCCCACGUAGCAACACCUCGCACUUCCUAGUCAGCACAUCGAAUUCUUCCGGUUAUAGAGCUCCAAGCAGCUCCAGUGCUGUUGUACCGUUGGAAAUGCCUUCGGUAAACCGGAAUAUAUCUCCGUACAUAUCCUCCUCGCUGCCUAAAAGUAACAGUGAUUUCAAUUUCAUGCGCCAAAAACUCAGUGGAGAGUAUUCAAACCCUCAAUUAAGCGCGAAACUGAUGGGCCCCCGGCCUCAGACCCAGUCAUCGGCUUUUUCAUCGAACACAGAAGCAGGUAGUCGCCUCUCAAGUACGCCGGAUGCUGACAGGAGUAGUGUUGCAUCGAAGAGCAAAUUGCCUUCCACUCUCAGACAUAGCGUAUCCAAACCUAUCUUAUCGUCUGAUACGAAAGUCAGCGCAGCUAAAUAUGAUAGCAUGCCACCACCUCGGCUUCCUGCAUCCGCUACAUGGAACGCGUUGUCUUCGGUUGCUCCCCGUACAAAUAGUCCAAACUCGAAAUCCUCCUAUUUGUCCAACCGCCGCAAGUCUUCUUUGUCUAGUUUGAACGGGAAGCAGCUGGGCGUCAGCAAUGAGCAAAAUAACACAUUUACUUUGCCUAGUCCAGUGGCAGCUGAGCCUGGGGAUACGGAUGCAACUAGUAGCCAUCGUUCGGCAUCUUCAAUUCUAUCACCCGUGCAUAAAAUAAUACACUCCGCUAAAUCCAAUGUUGGAGUAAAAUCUCGAUCUACAGACUCCAGUGUUGACUCUGCUGAGGCUGCGGCUGACGAAGAGAUGCGCAAGCUUGGGAGCAAGAGGAAAGACUUCGAAAUUGCGGCGAAAGAAUUGGAUGAGCUACGUCGCAGAGCUAGCGCAAAGGAGCGUGUUAGUCCAGCACAAGCGCUGAAGAUGGCCACCCUCAAUAUAUUCGAACGAGGUGAAAUCAUUGAUUUCAAAGACAUCUAUUUCUGCGGCACGCAAAAGGCGAAGAAACAUGUGGGCGAUCUGAAAUCUUCGUCUGCCAACUUUGGCUAUGACGAUGACCGGGGCGAUUACCAAAUUGUCAUUGGCGAUCACCUCGCAUACCGGUAUGAGGUGGUGGAUGUUCUUGGAAAGGGUAGCUUCGGUCAAGUUGUCCGAUGUGUCGACCACAAGACAGGCCAACUCGUAGCCGUGAAGAUCAUUCGCAACAAGAAGAGGUUCCAUCAGCAGGCCUUGGUUGAAGUCAAUAUCUUGCAGAAGCUUAAGGAAUGGGACCCCGAUCGAAAGUAUAGCGUUGUAAAGUUCACACAGAGUUUUUACUUCCGAGGACAUCUUUGCAUCUCUACCGAACUUCUUGGGAUGAAUUUGUACGAGUUUAUCAAAGCGCAUAGCUUCAAAGGAUUCUCCUUGAAGCUCGUACUCAUCCACUGCGAUCUAAAGCCGGAGAAUGUCCUGAUUGCGCACCCCUUGCGGUCGGAGAUCAAAGUCAUCGACUUUGGGUCAAGUUGUUUCGAGAAUGAGAAAGUCUACACAUACAUUCAAAGCCGUUUCUACCGUUCUCCUGAAGUCAUCUUGGGCAUGUCCUAUGGAAUGGCUAUUGACAUGUGGAGCUUGGGGUGCAUUCUUGCCGAACUGUUUACCGGAUACCCCAUAUUUCCUGGAGAGAACGAGCAAGAGCAACUGGCCUGUAUUAUGGAGGUGUUUGGUCCACCAGAAAAACAUUUGAUCGAUAAAAGUACACGCAGAAAACUAUUUUUCGACUCCUUGGGCAAACCUCGAUUGACUGUCUCUUCCAAAGGUCGCAGGCGACGGCCAAGUUCAAAGGAUCUUCGACAAGUAUUAAAAUGUGACGACGAGGCUUUCUUGGAUUUCGUUAGCCGUUGUCUUAGAUGGGAUCCUGCACGACGAAUGAAUCCAAAUGAUGCCUUGAACCACGAAUUUAUUACAGGAAUCAAGCCCACCACUCGCCCACGCGCAUACUUAUCCAGCAGCAAUCUCUCUUCUAAGCGAUUGACAACCAACGGUGUUCUUCCAGCAGCAAGGCCACUACCGGAGCCUCCUAGUAAGACUGGAUUGACAGCCAACAAGACCACGAGCAGCUCUCCUGUCAAGCCCUCUUCAAGGCGAAUAUCGAGUGUCAACAGUCUUCAGGCUGCUACAAACAAGCGCAUUUCCAACAGUGGAGCCUUGAACAACAAUACCACCAGCUCGUCAUUGCCACGCAGAAACCCCGGUGGAAAUCUAGCUGCUGCGGCGGCAGCAACGAGCUUGGCAGGCAAAUGA